GGAACCACGACGCUUCUGUGUCCUUAUCCCCAAACGCCGACUGACACUUCAUCUCGCCCGCGUCUUCCCCCCUCCCAACCCCCCCCCUCAGUCACGGCCGCGUCUCCCGUCGUCCACGACACACACUCAAAUCCAUCAGCGAAGAUCCGACUCGAAGCCGCGCGAGUGAACCGACCCGAACCCCACCACCGAGACACCACCGGAGUGGACUUUUUUUUUCUUCUUUUUUUUUCCCCCCCUAUUUCUUCCCUGCAGCAACGUCCCGUCCUCUCCCGGGCCGAUACCACAUCCCCAACAGAGCCGCUUUUCCGUGAGGUCCAGAGGAGAUUAUCUUCCCGCAGUCCCCCCCUGUCUGAAGCUGACUCAUUUUGCUGCGCCCGGGACCAUGGCGGAGUACAGCUCUCUGCUCAGCGACCUGUCUGAAAACAUCACCAACGAGGACUUGGAGCAGCUCAAGUCGGCCUGCAAGGAGGACAUCCCCGAGGACCAGAGCAACAACAUCACCUCCUCCAAGGAGUGGUUCAGUUACCUGGAGAAGAACGACAAGCUGGCCCAGGAUAACCUGUCGUACAUCGAGCACAUCUUUGAGAUUUCGCGGCGACCGGACCUGCUGACGAGAGUGAUCGAGUACCGCACCACCGUCCUCAAGAUCUCUGAGGAUGAUGAGAUCGACACCAAGCUCACGCGCAUCCCCUCGGCCAAGAAAUACAAAGACAUCAUCCGCCAGCCUUCUGAAGAUGAGAUCAUCAAGUUGGCCCCUCCCCCUAAAAAAGUGUGAGGUCGCGACCCCCAGCCCUGAUCUUUGCACCUUGAUUUCUUCACUCCUGGCACUCUAAUCAACCGACCAACCGUUUUCUGACCAAACCCCCAUCACUCUCCAGCUUAACCCACCUCUCGCACACACACACACACACACACACACACACACACACACACCCAGCCACGCCCCCUCCUCACCCUCCUCCCUGCAGUAACACAUGCCAUGGCACAGAACCACGCGGGCAACCACCCACAACGCCACCAAUCAGAUCGUAGCGAUGCGGCCUCUCCCCGUGCUGAGCGGAGACGGGAAGCUGCGGGGGAGAAAAAAAGACGAUAGAAGAAGAAAUCUGGAGACAGGCCAACAGUGUAUGUGUGAGAGAGAGAGAGAGAGAGAGAGAGAGAGAGCCAAAGUCUACCCUCGAUUCAAAACGCAGAGUGGGUCACUUCACAAUGGUGUAAUCUGUAAACACUGUUCAAUCUGUGAUGCUGUGUUUAUGUAACCGUCUGUGUGUGUGUGUUUGUGUGUGUGUGUGAGUGUGUCAGUCAAGGCUUUUAGAGUUAAAACAAAGGCUAAAUCCACCCAUUUGAAUUUGAAACUACAAACCCCGCUUUAAAAACUUAACAACAAAAUAAAAUGGCAAAGUUUUAUUCUUUCAGACAUUCUGUAAAAUGUCAGGAAGCUGACAGGUAAACAAUUACACUGUGUGCGCAUUGUGUGUACAAUGAUACAUAACCGUGACUAACAUAAUUCAGCACCGCUUUAUUUGUUUCUUUUUUGUUUUGUUUUGUUUUUCUUUUUUACUUCACCUUAAAUGUGCAAAAUAUCAUAAACCGACUGCUACCGGGAGAUAAAAUGAAACAAACACUUAAAUACAUAGUUUACAUGAUCAAAAGCAAUUUUAAAAACGAAGCUGACAUUAAUACUUCACAAAAACUAAGUAAGUAAAACUCAUCUAAAUCUCGCACACAUGACUCUGGUUCAUUUCUAUGACAGUGCUUGCUUCGGUGUAUAGCUGCGUAGUUGUUCAGGUGUGUUUGUAGUGUGAAAAGGAGCAGCUCGACUUUUUGGGAAAUUUGCUUGUUUGCUGUCUUGCUGUGACCUAGACGAGAAGAUUGAAACCCCACUCAUGCCUGUCUAAAUAUGAAGCUAAAGUUAGCGGUAGGUUAGCUUUAGCAUAAGUACUGGAAACAGGGGGAAGCAGCUAGCCUGGCCAGUCUCGUUUUUACACUUUGGUUUUUUGUAAAGAUUAACACAAAAAAAAGAAAAGACAUGUACUGUGUUAACAGGUGAGCUUUAGAGAAGCUGGUAGGUGGCUUUUGACUGAGCCUGGCUAGCUGCCCCGCCCCCGUUUCCGGUCUUUAUGCUAAGCUAUGCUAAACCGCCGCUGGAUGUAGCUUCAUUGUCACAGAGUGGUAUCAAUCUUCUCAACGAACUCUCAGAAAGGAAGCAAAUAAGCUUAUUCCCCCUAUGGCUAACUGUUCCUUUCAAAGCCCAUAUAGUUCAUAAAACAUUACCGUCAUCAAGUUACCAAUUUGACUCAUAACUUUAUGUCAAACUUAAAGGACUGGACAGUCAUUAUUACUUUCCUCAGCUGGAGGUUCAGUAUGCAUUAUUAUAUCAUGUUUAAAGAACAAAAAAAAAACAAACAAAAAAAAAAAAAAAGUGAUAUUUUACAGGAAGAUAUUUAAAGUUGAUUUUAAUAGGAAAAGCUAAUAUUUGCCUAGCAAGAGUUCUUUACAGAAAAUAUUUAGAUGGGAAAGUUAUAGCAGUUCUGAUUUCUAUCCUGUGGUCACUCCCUGUCCAUAGGUUUUUCUUUACAUCAAGGGGACCAGUUAGCAUCAAAGUCUGCUGUAUGAGCUGGCCAGAGAUGUAAAUAUACAAAUAAUAUAUUACAAGAAAAUAUAGCAGAAAUAAUAUAUUGACCUGCAGUUGGUGUCGCACAGAGGACAAUUUCCACUGUACGUUCAGUUUCACCGUGUCUGGUUUUUGAUACUAAAGAAUUUCACCCUAAUUUUACCUAAACUGAUUCAGCCUGUCUGUGAGCAAAUUAAGAUUAAAAAUAAAAAUAAAUAAAACCCUAGUGAGAUCGAAAUUACAUCUACUUCGGACUACAUUAGAAAAUGCAAAAGUAUAUUUUGAGAGAGUAUAUCGGAUAUGAUAUGUACAGUGUGAACGUGUUGUGUUGCGUGACACAUGAAGGGAAAAAGCACCAAACUUUCUUUCACCCGUUUGUUGCCAUUUCAUUUGUUGCACGGAAAAUGACUGACCGGUGUGCGAUUUCUCUUUGAAUGAAAGACAUACUGAGGCCUCCGGAAAUAAAGAAAUAGGCGCAGAUCGAAGCAAGAGAGGGGAGAAAAUGUCAAAAAGAAAAACGUGGCAAGUGACAAUAUAUCAUGUCCUUUAAUAAACUGUACAUAAAGUAGAUAGUGCAGAGGAUCUUUAAUGCAAACAACGGCUCAUAACCCCCUGACUAUGCCAUCCCCGCCAUGCACCAACACAAUAGCUAGCAAGACUGUUGAAACAAAACUAUAAUAACUGCUCUUUUGAACACUGUCUCUCUUCCCCCCCCGCCAUGAAGCCUUAGCAGACCUUGCGUUUACCCCGAAAUUUUUCACGACUGUGCGAGAUGGCGUGUGUGAAGCGGAGACAGACGCCUGCGCACACGUCAAGUUAAUCAAAAUUUGCUAAGGACUUAAGUGUUGGUGUGCACAGAAUGUCUGUGGGUUUAUUUUCUGCCCCCCGUCUUUGUUGUCCUCGAAGCUGUAGGAU